AUGGUUUCCCUCAUUCCGUCAAGUUACCAAUUGAAGAUGAUCGGUGGGCUGCGCCCACGGGAGCUGAACCUACUUUGUGUGGUCAAGCUCCUCCUCAUAGUUGCAAUUAGGACAGGGCAACUAGGGGAGAUGACCAUGCAGGCCCUACUGGACACAGCUGGGGGUCUGCGCCUCUUUCUCCACAACGAUGGUUUUCUCUCAUCAGAGGAAGUAUACCACCCAUUUGUGAAUGGAGGAGAUCUUAUCGGCGAGGCCGACCUGAGCUUGACAUCGCUCUCUCGUCAAGCGAACACCCGCUGCCUCAACUAG